UCCCCGUCGCUCUCCGGCUCCGCUAGCUCCCCCUCUCCCUUCCCUUUCCAACGUCCCAUCUCGAUCCACCCCGUCGCGGCCCCCGGAUCUCUGCUUUACCACACCCCGCGCCCCGGUGCGCGUCCACUCAUCGCGAUCGAUCGCUGCUAGCUAGCUCCCAGCUGCGAUUCCGAUCCUUCGUGCUCCCUCAGUUGUCGUCGUCGCUGGCUCGCUCGCUUGCUUGCCAGCUCUCUCUCUCAUAGUAGCUAGCUGCUUGCAUGGAUCCGUCCGGGCCUGGCCCGUCGCCGGUCGUUGGCGGAGGAGGCGGCGGUGACGCGCCGGCCGUGGCGCCGCAGCAGCGGCCGGCGCAGCUGAGCAGGUACGAGUCGCAGAAGCGGCGGGACUGGAACACGUUCCUGCAGUACCUGCGGAACCACCGCCCGCCGCUGACGCUGGCGCGGUGCAGCGGCGCGCACGUGAUCGAGUUCCUCAGGUACCUGGACCAGUUCGGCAAGACCAAGGUGCACGCCGCCGGGUGCGCCUACUACGGCCAGCCCGCGCCGCCGGGGCCCUGCCCGUGCCCACUGCGGCAGGCCUGGGGCUCCCUCGACGCGCUCAUCGGCCGCCUGCGCGCCGCGUACGAGGAGAGCGGCGGCACGCCCGAGUCCAACCCCUUCGCCGCGCGCGCCGUGCGGAUCUACCUCCGCGAGGUGCGCGACUCGCAGGCCAAGGCGCGCGGCAUCCCCUACGAGAAGAAGAAGCGCAAGCGCGCGCAGCAGGCCGCCGAGCCGUCGUCGAGCUCGUCCGCCGCCGCGGCCGGCGGGAGCGGGAGCAUCAGCAGAGCUGCAGCUGCGACGGCCGCCGCUCAUCAGGCUGGAGGGAGCAGCGCUGCACCGAGCAACACCUGAUUUCAGAAAGCGAGGACGAAGAUGAACAGUAUUUAGUGGUCACCAGGGGUCUUAGCUCAUCCUUUCUCCCUCACUUAGUGGUCACCAGUGGUCAACAAAGGGCUGUGUGGGUCAAGCAGCAAACCCUUUGCUCAUGUCCACACUUGGCCUGGGAGGAAAUAAGGAAAAGACGACGAGCCGCUGCUCCCCGGCCUUCCUGUCCAGGAGUCCAUCCCAGUAUCACCCGGUGCACCGGCCUCUCCGAGCUCGCGGUGCCACUGUAUGGCAUAUAUGCACGCCCGGCCGCAACUUGGCUGCCCGCCUGCCACCACCGUCUUAUUGUUCUUUUCUCUAGUUCUUUUUUCGUGUCGGUGCCAUGGUUGCCGUUGCUCCGCCGCGCCGCGCGCGUCCGGCCCCACACCGUGGGAUUUCACUAUAGCCAGCCAUCAGCGGCCUCCUUCUCCUCAGGGGUCCUGAAUUAAUCCUGAUCGAUCACAGGCGACCCGUGUUGGAUCGGAGCUGAGUCGUCUCAUAUGUCAGGUCUUGUCUGAAAUUAUUGGGCAUAUAGACGCGAGUAAUACUAUAUAUAUAUAUACCUUCAUA